AUGGGAGUCUGUCAUGGAAGCACAAAAAAAAAUAAUGGAUAAUUGAAAUAAGUAAUGGCCAAAGUUAGAAAAUCUCAAGAUAUUGAUAUUAUCUUAAAAGAAACAACAGAAACCUAUACUACAUUCAAUCCAUAUAAGAAUCCCAUUCUCAAUCGUCGUUUGAGAGAGUAAUCCACACCAACUUAAUCAAAUGUACAAUAAUGA